UUCCCUCUCCUCUUUUGUGUUGCCCUUGACAUCUUGCUGGUUCAAGUGCCUUCAGUACCAUGCGAGCGCAUAUUCUCCUCAAGCAAGGACACAACAACAGUACAACACAAUAGUCUCAACCAAAUGCUGAUUGAGAUUCUACAAGUACUUAAGUUU